UUCAACUUUUUCUUGGCACGUAUACAUAUAAACAGACCCACAUCUACAAUCUCAACCACAACCUCUCUAUAUCAGUGUCUCCACCCUUCUUGAAAUUCACUUGGUCCUUAAAAAUCCCCACAUUCUAGCUUACCUAUAUAUAUAUAAUAUGGCUGACCAUAACAACUCACCUAUGCAACAUCGUCGACUAGACCAACCCUUUGAUCAGCCACCAGUGCCAACCCUUGACCCUCCCCAUCCUCCCACCGAGCAGUACUACUCAUUGGAACAAGUCCAACAUUCGCACCCUAUUCACACGUGUGAAUCUCCCUCAGCUAAGCCACUUCAAUCUCCAAAGCCCGCCAUGGCCUCGAGUUCUUCAAGCAGACACCCAAUGUAUCGUGGAAUUCGGUGCCGGAGCGGUAAGUGGGUCUCGGAAAUCCGAGAGCCACGCAAGACCACACGUAUAUGGCUGGGCACGUUCCCCACCCCGGAGAUGGCCGCUGCCGCCUAUGACGUGGCGGCGCUAGCACUAAAAGGUGGCGAUGCAGUUCUCAAUUUCCCUGGGUCAGUUGGUUCGUACCCAGUUCCGGCCUCUACAUCGCCCCUUGACAUACGUAACGCCGCUGCAGCAGCAGCGGCAUUGAAAAAGGCUGAAUCGAGUGACAAUCAGCGACUCGGGCAGCAGUACUCACGUAGCGAUGGGAAUCCUACGCAUGAAUCAGGUUUAACAUCUGGGGACGAGUUUUUGGAUGAGGAGGCCAUAUUUGGCAUGCCAAAUCUGCUGGUGGACAUGGCUGAGGGAAUGUUGGUGUCCCCGCCGAGAAUAAAUUCAUCGGAUGACUCGCCGGGAGGUUCAGAUGGAGGAGAUCAGAGUUUAUGGAACUAUUUUUGAGAAUGCUCCAGAGUCAUUUUAGUAAACGUUAUGCAAAAUUCGAAAGUAGAAUAGAAAAGGGAAUAGAAACUACGAAAAUGCCUUUGCAUUAUCUGCCUGUCAAAAAAAAAUAUAAAUGAGGUAAUAGGAUUAGAUCGAUGGAAACCAUGAUUACAAGGUUACUGAUAAAUAGAUAAUGAGCACAGUGACUUUCGAACACGUACGUUAAUAGAGUUUUGGGACGAUAUUGGCCGUAGAAUUAGAAUAUUUUCGUUUUGCUUGUUUUUGUUUCUGUGUGUGUACUUACAGAAGUUCAGUGAAUUUGCAUCUUUGUGAGAUUAUGCAUGGUUUGCCUCCGUGGGAAUAUAUAAGGGCUGCCGUGAGCCAUGUUUUCUUGAUCGAUCUCGGCUGUAAAAUAGGAGCUUCGGCUGGCUUUGAUCAGGGCGCAAAUUGGGUCUGUGUA